GGUCAGGUCCGGGGCAUGUCGUCCAGAAAACAACUUCCAUAAUAAUAAAAAUGGCGUGGAUUUUUGGCUACGGUUCGUUAAUUUGGCGACCAAAUUUUGAAUAUAAGGAAAAAAUGGUGGGUCACGUGAAAGGUUUCUGUCGUCGAUUUUGGCAGGAGAGUGUCAUCAAUCGUGGCACAAAGGAAAAGCCUGGCAGAGUAGCUGCACUAAUGGAAAGUGACUCAGAGAGUAAAGUUUGGGGUGUAGCACUUUACGUUUCUGAUACGGACAAAGAAGAAGUAUUGAAUAAACUCAUCACUCGGGAACUUUGCCAUCCUACAAAAACAGUGUUUUUUCCAAAAGACCAAUCAAAAGAAACUGUAGAAGUGGAAAUUUUUAACUGUGGAGAAGGUAUUGCACAGUUCACAGGACGUGAGGACAUCAAAACGACGGCACAGUUCAUUGCACAGGGUGUUGGAACCACUGGAAUGAAGAAUGAUGAAUAUGUGACCAAAGUCUUGGAUUUCACCCACAAUGUUGCUGGUGUAGAAGACACAUAUCUAAUCGAAUUAGACAAACUUGUUAAAGAAUAUCAGAAAAAUAUGAAAUCCUAGUUAGACAUUGCCAUUUCAGAGAUUUGGUGAUUUUGCUCUGUGUGUGUGAGCAGAACAUCACAAGUAAUGUAUACGCAUUAAUUUAUAUUAAUAUAUUCACAUGACUGAU